UCAGAUAUCAGCUGUUUGUCUGUCUUUGUGGCGAAUUGUCAUAAUUCGCUUGUGCGAAUUGUUUAUUUAAAAUAAACAAUAAACAAAUGGAUCGAAAUGGGUGGUAAAAGUUAUUUUUGUGAUUAUUGUCGCUGUUAUAUGAAAAAUGAUAAAAAUGUACGUAAAACUCACAAUGAAGGUUUAGCGCACAAAAUUAUAAAAACGUCUAUUAUGAGGAAGUAUGAAGAUCCUCGAAAGAUUUAUGAAGAGGAAAUCGUCAAACAACCAUGUACACGAUAUUUUAAAAGCUAUUGCAAAUAUGAUUUAUACUGCCAAUAUACGCAUUUCAACGAAACGCAAUUAAAACAAUUAAAAGACAUGAUAGAAAAUAAAAUCACUACAACAGAUUACAGAGGUCUUACAACAAAUAACCCCAAACGUUCAUCAACAGCAAAAGAAAUUGCGAAAUUUCCUUGGCAGAAUUCUAUAACUAAACGUAAACAAAAGUUGUUACCAUCUAAGUUGCCACCAUCUUUAAGACCUUUAAAUUUAAAGAAAUUAUCCAAAAUUGAUGUAAGUAAUAAUAAAUGGGGCUGAUGAUAUAUAUUUUUUUCGGUAAAUUUUCUACGAUAAUAACUUUAUUACCUUUUCCAUAGUAUUAUCAAUAUUUAAACUUAAAUUAAGAGAUUUGCCAAAUUCACUAAAAUAUGAUUUACAAUCAAGACCACUUAAAUUUUCCGUACGUGGAUCUGUUAAAUGGGCUAAUAGGAAAUAAAUUAAGUGUUCUGAAAAUAAAGUAAUAAAAAUCAAAAA